GUAAUUCAAAUAUUGUUUUAUCUUCAUAUCCUCUUACGUACUAGAAAUCUAGAGAGAAGAACUCCGACAUCCCUCGAAGUGUAUAUCGAGGAUGUAACAAAUCGCCUCUCCAACGUGGGAAACUCGCGAUUUGUAACAUCCUCAAUACACAUCGAAGGAUGUAGGAGUUCUUCUAGUGGAUCACAGAUGGCGCCCGAAUUAGUUUAUAAGAUUUCAUGGAUUUACAAGAUUUAAAAUGCCCAAGGAGAACAGCUGUGGCGUUGAUGUUUGUCUGGAAAGCCCCUUGGAGAACGCUCCACACUGCCCCCAUGGUCCGACCCUCCUGUUCCAGCGAUAUAUAAAACAAUCGGCUAGAGAAGAUGCAACAGUUCAAAAGUUCUACGCUUGUUCUGCGUGUCGUGAUAGGAAGGAUUGUAGCUUCUUCCAACAGGUUGGAGAGAAGGUGUCAGAGGCAAAGUUGAAUGCCAGAGAGGACAUGAACAGGAAGAGUCAGCCACCAAACUCUCACAGAGAGUAUUACACAAGUUUCGAAAAAGCUAAACUGACACCUGCAUCAUCCAGGACAUUCUGUCAAACCUGCAACGUCCUGCUGAUACCAAAAGACAAGCCGUCCCAUCAAGACCACAAACUUCUGUCACCAGUCACUGAUGCUGAUCUCCAGAAACCAAGCCAUCUACUCAAACCAUUGGACAACAAGAAAACUAAUGCUCAAUACUUGUUCUCGGAUGAGACUGUAUCUUUCAUGUUGUCAACGUUCAGGAGACUUGGGUUUACGCAUGUACUCUGUGUAGGAUCACCCAGGAUCUUCGAAGCUAUUUCGUCUGAUGAAUCAAGCCUUGGCAUGCAAGCCCUCCUAUUGGAUAUAGAUCACAGAUAUCAACAGUUCUUUAGCCCCGACCACUUCUGCCGUUACAAUAUGUUCAACCAUCAUUUCUUUGGCGGUGAGGAGAGCAAGAAGAUCUACACAAAAUUCUUGAGGAAUGAGAAGCUAGUGGUCGUGACUGAUCCACCGUUUGGAGGACUGGUCGAAGUCAUCGCAUUUACUGUCAAGAAGAUUAUGCAAGAGUGGAAAGUGGAAGGAAAACACGAGAAAAAUCUUCCACUGAUGUGGAUUUUUCCAUACUUCAUGGAGAAAAAGAUAGAAGAAUUCCUGCCCACUCUUACCAUGCUCGAUUAUAAGGUUGACUAUUCUAACCAUGCUGUUUUCCAUGGUGGCCCCAUGGGGAGGAAGCAAGGAUCUCCUGUUAGGAUAUUUACAAAUAUCCCUCCCAUCGAUGUCAUCCUGCCAGAGGAUUCCUACAAAUUGUGUGCAAGGUGCCAGAGAUAUGUUUCCAAGCAGAAUGUACACUGUGAUGUAUGUGAUGCAUGUACAUCUAAGGAUGGCGGAGCCUAUGUUCAUUGCUUCAAGUGCGAAACAUGUGUGAAGUCCUCUCGUGUUCAUUGCAAUAAAUGUAACUGCUGCGAACUGCCUGAUCAUUCAUGUGGACGAACUUUAGAAGGGUGUCACAUAUGUGGAGAAAUGGACCACAAAAGGAGGGACUGUCCCAAUAAAAACAGUGUCAAAGUUCAAAAAAGGCAUGAUGAGUCUCAAAGUGUUGAGGACCGGCCAAGGAAAAAGAAGAGGACAGAAAAACCAGAAACAUCAAAGAAAAACAACGCAGGGAACCGUGCAUAUAAACAACGGAAACUCAGAAAACAGAGACAGAAGAAAUCAUGAGCGACUUUUACAGGACACGGAUAUAGUUUUCAUAAAUUGCAUGUAUGAUUAUUGUCCAGGGAGUUAUACAAAAUAAACUCUUGUGUCUUA